ACGUUUUGAGAGUGAUGCUUGUAUACAAGUGCAGCUAUCGGCACAUUAAAUAGUGCAAUCAGUGUGGUCCAAUUUAAUCUAAAACUGCGGUUUCUUUGUUGAAGAAUCAUUAUAUCUCAUUGAGUUAUUAAAACACAUGCAAAUGUCGCUCCCUAUUUGCCCUGAAUACCUCAUGUACCAAAAGCUAACAAAAUAGCCACAAUGCAACGCUUCAAACUUAGGAUUCUCUGACUGACAGCAUAUUUAUUUGUAAAGGAAGGAUGUCAGACACUUGCACAGGGUCUCCGGGAGCCAUAAAGGCAAUCGACAAACAAUCUGUGCAUCAGAUCUGCUCGGGGCAGGUGGUUCUGACUCUGGCCACAGCUGUGAAGGAGCUGGUGGAGAACAGCCUUGAUGCUGGUGCCACUAAUGUUGAUGUCAAGUUAAAAGACAGUGGAGUGGAGUUAGUGGAAGUGUCUGAUAAUGGAAAAGGUGUUGAGGAGCAAAACUUUGAGGGACUAACUUUAAAACAUCACACAUCUAAACUAAGAGAUUUCUCCGACUUGAUUCGUGUGGAGACAUUUGGGUUCCGUGGCGAAGCUCUCAGCUCACUGUGUGCUCUCAGUGACCUUAGUGUUGUGACCUGUCAUGAGAAUGCUCAGAUUGGGGCUCGGCUGGUGUUUGACCAUGAUGGGCGUCCCACCCAGCGUGUGCCUCAUCCCCGCCAGCAUGGAACCACCAUCAAUCUUCAGAAGCUCUUUUCCACACUGCCUGUCCGACACAAGGAGUUUCAGCGGAACAUUAAAAAGGAAUAUUCCAAGAUGAUUUAUGUCUUGCAGUCCUACUGCAUCAUAUCCACUGGUGUGCGCAUUACAUGCACCAACCAGAUCGGACAAGGCAAGCGCACUACAGUACUGUGCACCAGUGGUAGUAAUAGCAUGCGGGACAACAUUGGAGCUGUUUUUGGACCUAAGCAACUACAGAAUUUGAUUCCCUUCAAGCAAAUAUCUCCCACUGAAUCAGUUAUGGAAGACUAUUGUCUCAGUGGGGUAAAUGUCCCGAAAGACCUUUUCAUCAUUGACGGUUUUGUGUCACAAGGGGAUCAUGGUGUUGGUCGAAGUGCUACUGACAGACAGUUCUUUUUUAUCAAUAAAAGACCCUGUGAUCCAGUAAAGGUCUCCAAACUUGUCAAUGAGGUUUAUCAUAUGUACAAUCGGCAUCAAUACCCUUUUGUUGCUUUAAACAUUUCCGUUGCUUCAGACUGUGUUGAUGUGAAUGUCACUCCAGACAAACGCCAGAUCCUUCUGCAAGAGGAAAAACUCUUGCUGGCCAUUUUGAAAAGCUCACUCAUUGCUAUGUAUCAGACAGGUGUUAAUAAAAUCAGUCUUAAUCACAUACCUCUACCAAUUACCAGUCUGUGCAGACUUUCCGAGACAAGUGCUGUGACAGAAGAUCAUGAAAUGGUUUCUGUCUCUGUGCCAAUUCCAGAUGAUGUCUCUGAGCUGCCUACUUGCAGCCCAAAGAAUUCCAUCAAUCUAGCCGGACUUAAAGAAGCAUUUUCGAACCAUCAGGCUCCUGGAAUUUGGUCAAAGCAGUCUAGUAAUAAAAGUAUUUGUGUUGGUCCAUCUCAGAAAAAGAUGCUUGCUUUUGUCAGCUGCUCUAAAAAAGCCAAUGACAUUAUGAGGCCACCUUUAAAAUCCCCUUUUGUGUCAAGUACUGUUUCAUUUGUAAAAACAUCUGCAGAUUCUGUAGCAAAAUUUAAAAGCAGCUUUGAUAGUGGUGCUGAUUCUGGGGCUGCGAAUCAAAGUUGUGCUGAAGAUGAUCCAGAGAUUCUACAUGGAAAUAAUUCUGAGUCUGUAUUACCAGACUUAAUAGUUGAUGAAACUGGUGUUAAAGCAGAGACCAUUUAUGAGCCUGUAGAUAAGGAGUUGAGGAGGUAUGAACCUUUGAUGCCAGAGACAAAGUCUGAACAACAUCAGGACAGAAUCUCCAGUCCUGAGGCAAAAAGAGCUAGAUGUGAAAAUGAGCCUCUAGCACAAACCCAUUUUCUGGGUUCCAAAAAGAAUAAUGCUUCUCAGGAAUUGUUGGAUUCACCUGUUGGCAUACAGAAGAAAACAGUUCUUUUGCAGUUUUCUCUGCAGGAACUUUCUGAAAGGAUGCAGAGACUACAGGCACAGCAGAGAGAGAACAAUGAUCAAGAGCCAAAAUACAGACGGUUUAGGGCAAAGAUAAGCCCUGGGGAAAGCCAAAGUGCUGAGGAUGAGCUUAAGAAAGAAAUAAGCAAAGGUAUGUUCAAAGAGAUGAAGAUCAUAGGUCAGUUCAACUUAGGUUUUAUCAUCACCAAGAUUAAAUCAGACCUUUUCAUAAUCGACCAGCAUGCCACAGAUGAAAAGUACAAUUUUGAGAUGCUACAACAGAAUACUGUCUUAAAGGGACAGCGACUUAUAGUUCCACAAAAUCUCCAACUUCCUGCUGUCAGUGAAACGGUGCUCAUAGAAAACCUUGAAAUCUUCAGAAAGAAUGGGUUUGACUUCCUCAUUGAUGAAGAUGCUCAGGUUAUGGAGAGGGUGAAGCUGGUGUCUUUACCAACAAGUAAGAAUUGGACAUUUGGCCCAAAUGACAUUGAGGAACUCAUCUUCAUGCUUGGUGACAGUCCAGGUAUCAUGUGUCGACCUUCACGUGUAAGGCAGAUGUUUGCUUCCAGGGCGUGCCGCAAAUCAGUGAUGGUUGGCACUGCCCUGAACGCCAGUGAAAUGAAGAAACUUGUGGUUCACAUGGGGGAAAUUGAGCAGCCCUGGAACUGUCCCCACGGACGUCCCACCAUGAGACACCUUGCUAAUCUGGAUAUGAUUGCUCAGGACUGAAACACUAGUUUUUGUUUGUAAAUUACAUAGUGACUAUCAAACUAUAUUUGUUUUAAUAAAGGAUUUUAUUUCUUUAUAUUUUUUAUAAUAAAGGAAA